AUGCCCCUCCGCUUCGCCCCGCUCCGGCUGCCCCUUCACCGCCGGCUCCAGACCGCAGCGGUGCUGCAGUGGGUCUGCUCCUUCCUGGCCCUCGGCGAGCUGUGCGCGUUGUUGUUCGCCCUGGCCCUGCGCGGCUCGCUGUGGCUACCGGCGCUGCUCUACGGGCUCUGGCUGUGGGCGGACCGUGACACCCCCCGCCGCGGGGGGCGCCCUUCCGCCUGGGUACGCGGGUGGACGCUCUGGACUUACUUCCGGGAUUAUUUUCCCAUCUCGCUGGUGCGGACGCAGGAGCUGGACCCCCGCCGCAAUUACGUUUUCGGGUUCCACCCCCACGGCGUCCUGGCCGCCGGCGCCUUCGCCAACUUCUGCACCGAGGCGACGGGUUUUGGGGUGCUCUUCCCCGGGCUGCACCCCCACUUGCUCACCCUGCCCUGCUGGUUCCGCCUGCCCCUCUUCCGCGAGUACAUGAUGGCCGGAGGGCUGGUGUCGUCGGAGAAGUCCAGCCUGGAGUAUCUGCUGAGCCAGGAAAGUGGGGGGCAGGUGGCCGUCAUCGCCUUGGGGGGGCCCCCCGAAUCUUUGGACGCCCACCCCGGGGCGCUGACCCUCCAGCUGCUGGGGCGCAAGGGCUUCGUCCGCAUCGCCCUGGAGCACGGGGCCCCCCUGGUCCCCGUUUUCUCUUUCGGGGAGAACGAGCUGUUCCGGCAGGUCCCCAACCCCCCCGGCUCGCGACUCCGGCGCCUCCAGCUCCGCUUCCAGCGCGUUUUUGGGGUGACCGUACCCCUCUUUCACGCUCGGGGGGUUUUCCAGUACAGCUUCGGGCUGCUGCCCUUCCGCAGAGCCAUCCACACCGUGGUGGGGUCCCCCCUGGUGCUCCCCCGUACCCCAAAUCCUUCGCCCCAGACGGUGGAGCACUGGCACCGCCUCUACCUGGAGAGACUCAUCGCCCUCUUCGAGGAGCAUAAAUCGGGGUACGGGGUCCCCCCCGAACGGCACCUCACCUUUGUCUGAGGGGGGGGACACCCCCAAAUCCCAUGGGGUACCCCCAAAUCCUUGGGGAGCCCCCAAAUUCUUGGGGAGCCCUCCCAGAUGCUCUGUAUCCCCCCCCAGCCCUUCAA